AUGCCGAAGGCGACAAAUGCACAGGAACGAGCGGUGCCUGCGAACAAUCUUGUCCAAGAUACGCCGCAGAGCCAGCAAUACGAUCAAGCCAGACUUGGCACCUCAAUGCUACCAACAACAUCGCAGGCCCAGCCGAAUCCUCCUCCUCCUCCUCCAGUGGUUUCGAGUGCUGCGGAAGAAAUAAGUAGUUUGUCGACAAUGCCCGAGUUAACAGAAUCACAUGUGAAGGAUCUCAUGGAUGAGCUCGGACCGGGCAAACCACUGGAUGAUCUCGGAGGGGACUGUUUGGAAGAACUGCUGGACACUGGUCCUGAAAAACAACCAACCACAGAAAUUGCUGAGGCGAACGGUGCACAAAACAGUGUACAGUCUACCUGCAAUUCGAUAGUAUCGCCAAUGUCAAUGAAUUGUUGUACCUCAAACAGUAGCGCGUCGUCAGUGCAUCAGCCCGCUUCGGCUCGAUGUUCAGCGAAUAAUUCGGUAUACGAUUCAAACAGCGAUCAGCAGCAACAACAAGUUACAGCGAGCUCAUCUGCAUUAGCUGGGCAGUCGGCGACACAACAGAAUCCUGUGCAGUGUGCCAGCACAGGCAGUAAUACUAGCAGCAGCACAAAUACUAGUGUCCCUUUGAAUACAGCAGCUCCGGGAAGCUGCGAGCAGACGCCGAGUAUCUUUCCGAGGUUCGCGCAGCAGCAGCCAGUAAUGAGCUAUCCUACACCCCAGCAAUAUGGCCCAUAUUCAGCGAAAUAUGCUGCUGGCGAUGCGGUGGGUUAUUAUCCGCAACAGCAGAUAUGUGCACAGCAACAAGCAUAUCCAAGUAAGUUUUGA